GACGGACAGGGAUACCCGACCCGGGUCUAACCUCUUCGGAUCCCGAUGGGGCAUGACGACUUCUCCAUCCUCUUCCUCCUUUUCCUCACCUCGACCUCCCGGCAUCCAGUAUUUUCUACUCUCUUCAUCCUUCUCUUCUGUUUGCCUUUGUCCCCUGCAAUCUGUUCCCGCGCAAGAUCUCUUACUCAGUUGGGCUGUCUGUGUGCUGCAGAGGAUGGUACCGCCAUGUGCGCCAUGCUCGCACUGCCCUAUCCUCUAGAUGCCACAAUCUAGCCCAAGGUAAUGAAUGAACCCCCAACAUGUCAUGACGUCGCCCGUGUUGAUGCAGUCAGGGUUUCUGCGAAUAAGCAGAGCAACGUUGGUCAGUGUCCUUCUUUGCGGUUGCUCUUGACUGACCGGCAUUCUUCCUUGUAGAUGGAGUUUCCAAUGGGGAUGGUGCGCCGAAACAAA